GUCUACAUAAUUGAUGACGACUAUUUUAUGUAAAAGUACUGUAUAAGGUGUAGUGUUUUUUUAACUCGAUUUUAACCCUUUUAUACAUUGAAAAACCAUAUCGUAAUUACACUGUCCAAUAAACCAUAAUUCAUUUGAAAUUAGAUCAUUUAUUUCCCAAACUCAAGCUCACAUGGGCUUAUAAAGCAAGAACAAAAACUGCUUGUAGUCUAGUCUGCAUUUAUGAAGUACGUGACCAAGUUUCUUCGGACUUUGGCUGUUCAACAGGGUAAACCACACGCGUCAAACAUGUCUUCAGCGGUACAUGAGAACGUUAAAAAUUAUUAUGGCUCUCGUCUGGAAACGUCAGAUGACCUGCAGACCAAUGCUGCAUGUGUCAUGCCCUCUAGACCGCUACCUAAGAGCGCAUGUGAAGCCCUAAAACAAGUCCACCCAGAUGUUUGUAAAAGGUAUUUUGGUUGUGGUCUGGUGGUACCGGAGAAGUUGGAAGGAUGUAAUGUUCUUGAUCUGGGCAGUGGAUCAGGCAGAGACUGCUAUGUCCUCAGCAAACUGGUGGGGGAGAGGGGUCAUGUCAUUGGAUUGGAUAUGACAGACGAGAUGAUAGUUGCCUCACAAAAAUAUGUCCAGUACCAUCAGGAGAAGUUUGGAUACUCAAAACCAAACACCGUGUUUGUGAAAGGAUACAUGGAGCAGCUCAGUGAUGCAGGAAUACAGGACAACUCAUUGGAUGUAGUUGUGUCAAAUUGUGUAAUAUGUCUGUGCCCAGAUAAGAGAACUGUGAUAAGCGAAGCUUACAGAGUUCUAAAGGAGGGUGGGGAGUUGUACUAUAGUGACAUGUAUGCAAACAAAGUAGUUCCAGACUCUUUCAAGGAAGAUCCAGUUCUGUGGGGUGAGGGAAUGGCUGGCGCCCUCUACUGGCAAGACCUCAUCUCUCUGAUGAAGGACAAAGGCUUCAGCACUCCCCAUCUGGUUGCAGGCAGUCACAUUGUGGUUCACAACCCAGAACUUCAAAGAAAGACAGGUGAUGUUAAAUAUGCCUCUGGAACCUAUCGAAUUUUUAAACUGCCUCAACACUUCAUCAAGACCAAAGCAAUGGUCACAUAUAAAGGCACAGUGCCUGACUGCGCUGACUGUUUUGAGUUUGAUGCCUCUCAUUCCUUCAAGACAAAUGUUCCAGUGGAGGUGGAUGCAGACAUGGCCGCCAUUCUUCAGAACACCCGUUUCUCUGCUGAUUUCAGUGUCACAAUAUUAGAUGCUCCAGACCCAAAUCAGAGCAGCUCUCCGCAGUUCUGCCACCUUAGCCCGUUCCUUCUUGCGGAUAGACUGGGCUCCUCUGUGAAACAGUGCUCGAAAACAGGACACUGAGGUAAUUGUGGAAGGUCCAGUGAAUCAUGUGAUGGCCAGAUCAAUUGAGAAGAACUUGGGCAGUGAGAAUAUUGAGUGUCUGUAACAAAAAGAUCUUCUUCCAUACGGUUUCUUCAGAUUUUAUAAGUAAUUUAAUUAAACAGCAGCUUUAAAGGGAUAGUUCACCCCAAAAUAAAAAUUCUCUCAUGAUUGACUCACCCUCAUGCCUUUCCAGACUCUUCUGCAGAACACAAACGAAGAUUUUUAGAAGAAUAUUUUAGCUCUGUUUGUCCUUACAAUGCAAAUAAAUGGUGACCAGACAUUUGAAGCUUCAAAAAACACAUAAUGGCACAAUAAAAGUAAUCCAUAUGACUCCAGUGGCUAAAUCUGUCUUCAGAAGCGAUUAGAACUGCACGAUUCUGGAUAAACUGAGAAUCAAAUUUUUUUUUUUUUGUUGCUUAGAACAAAGAUCACAAUUCUGAAGAAAAAGGCUUAUUUCAGUGAUAUACAAAACCUGGACAUAAGGGUAUUAUACAAAGUAACAUUUAAUUUACUAGAGGUUCUGACAAUAUGUUCUCUGCUUCAAUCUAUGCAAAAAAUACAAUAAAGUUGUUAAUCAAAUAUAUAAAUUUUAAAUGUCCUAAGUCCACAAGGGGGCACAACAAAUAUAUUAUAAACCAAACAGCACAUUUUGAUUAUAAAAAAAAAACAUCCUGUUAAAAACUGCAUAAUAAAUAAAAAAAAACAAUUUAACCUGUUUCUCACAUGCUAAGUAAAAAGCAAAUCGAGCAGAAAAAAGCUUCAUUAACAGUUCUGUGUUAACUUGAUAUUGCACUUGUAAGCAAAUAUGCAAUAAAACACUGUUAUUAAAAUAAAUAAAUAAAUAAAUUAACAAUUUAAAUUAAAACAAUGAGGCUUUCAGUGUUUCUCUUGAAAACUUGCUUCAAGCUUGUAAAGGAAUUAUUCAAGGGCCAGUAAUUAAACAGAAAACAGAGUAACUGUGUGAUUAUUAGAUCUACAUUAAUACUGAUCUGAUGCGGUAAGAAUGCCUGAAUGCCUAUAACAGACAUCAUGCAGCUUAUAUACAUUUAGACAUCGCACAAAUCUAACAUUUUGAAAAAUGUGUCCUGUUUGCUAAUAAAUUAACGGCUGUGUUUGCUUUAAUAUCUCGUCAAGACAGCACAGAUUUAAUCCUGUCUGUUUACACUGGUAAUUCAUUAACAGCUGUGUUUACAUUAAUAUCAGUGCAGAGUCUCGUGCAGGAGCACUGCAUUCAUCACAAGACACAAGCGCAUGGGCAGACGCUGACUACCACCCCUGGAGUCACGAGUUCGAAUCCUAAGCAACCAAAUUGGCCCGGUUGCUAGGGAGGGUAGAGUCACAUGGGGUAACCUCCUCGUGGUCGCAAUUAGUGGUUCUCGCUCACAAUGGGGUGUGUGAUAAGUUGUGGAUGGAUCGAGGAGAGUAGCAUGAGCCUCCAUAUGCUGUGAGUGAUAAGAUGCGCGGAUUGACUGUCUCAGAAGCGGAGGCAACAGAGACUUGUCCUCCGCCACCCGGAUUGAGGUGAGUAACCGCGCCACCACGAGGACCUACUAAGUAUUGAGAAUUGGGCAUUCCAAAUUGAGAGAAAAAGGGAUAAAUAAAAAAAUAAUAAUAAAUAAAUAAAAAAUCUAGAUUAAAGUGAGGCACUUACAAUGGAAGUGAAUGGGCUCAAUCUGUAAAUGUUAAAAAGCUCACUAUUUUAAAAGUAUAGCCACAAGACAUAAACAAUAUGUGUGUUAACAUAAUUUUAAUUUGAUAAAAUUGCAUACUAACCUAUUCUGUGUAAAGUUAGAGCAAUUUAACAACUUUGUUGCUAUGACAAUGUGAUGUCAACAAAACUUAAAACCCUAAAAUGACUGUAAAAAUGACAAUUUAAACAACUUUACAGCUCAAAUAAUACACAAGUUUUAAUAGAAGAAUUAAUGUAAGUGCUUUUAUAAAAUAAUAAGCUUCACAUUUCUGCCUUUAAGCCCCCCUAAAUUGGCCUCAUUCACUUCCAUUGUAAGUGCCACACUGCAACUUUUAUUUAUGCUUUUGUUUAAAGAAAAGGACGGACGAGUUUUUUAUUUUUUACAGAAAAUAAUUUUUUUGUGUUAAUCAACAUUGUGCUACAAAUGCUGUCGAUUGAGCUAAACUUGUAAUGAACCCGAAAUAUUCCUUUAAAAUUUUAAUAUACUGUACGGUACUGCAUAUUGAGAUUUAAAUGGCACAGUCACACAGUUUAUCAUCACUGUGUUAAAUUAGUCUCUCAGCAGCUCAAAUUCGAAAUAAUCAUAAAUGCAUCAUAGAUAAUCAUUAACUUAGCUCCAUGCCUCUUUAUUUAAUUCCCAACAUUUUGUUACAUUAAUUAUGUAGUUAUUCACCAUUUUUCUUCCAUUCUAUGGCUUAACUAAAAAUACUGUUUAUAAAUGCAAUUAAAAUGCAUCAUUAUUACAAUUUAAAUGUUCAGGGAUGUUAAAUGUUUAUUAAACAUGUAAAAUUUUAAUUUACAAUGUAAUAGCACAAUUUCAUAUUUUGUAAUGGUUUAAUUAAAAUAAAUAUGAUUUAAAAUAAAUGUCCUGCAUUGACAAUUUUUUACCAGUCUGAACAAUUAUUUAAACAAUUGUUUUCCCAAACCACUCCACUCUAAACCACAGGUCUUUUUACAGUUGACAGUCAUAUAUACAUUUAGAUGUGAGAUGACAUCGAGACUAUUUCUAUGUGGGGAAAGGAAUUAACUUCACUUUUUGAUUUCUCUUAUUCCUAAAAGCCAUGUGAUGCCCUUUAAUAGCAAGCUGUUUGAUGAUGACCACUGACGAGUUUCUUGAUGUCAUUCCCAGUAAUUUUGUUGAGAAAGUAUUUGCCAGUAACAGCAGUUUCUUCAUUCUAUUAUU